CCCUUGUACUUUGUGUGCCUCUUCUGCGUUCUUCAAGUACUACUACUACUACUACUACUAUUACUACUACUACUGUUGUGCCCAUACCCCCAUCCAUCCAUCCAUCAUCCAAGACGGGAUCGUCACCCCCUCCCCGACCGUCGGUGACGAUCACUUGCUGGCUUUGAUUGCUCCAUGACGCGGGGACAGUGAAUCGGAAUGGGUCCUCGCUCGCGCCCCUUGGCUUGUUGACGGGCGGACCAUUUCCGUACUUCUCUUUUCUAUUCUUUUUCCUGAAUAUCCCCUUUUGCUGGAACAACAUCUUCUUCAUUCGACUUCUUACUCAUCAUCGCCCACGGUUGGGCCUGCCUCACUCACUCACUCACUCACUCAAUCUUUUCUCUUUCUUCCUCUCCAACGUCCCCUUGGCGGACCCCCUUGCGGCUCGCUACCGUAUAUUCGAUUCGGCUCGCUCACCCUUUUUAUUCGACCUCUUUGCGUCGUUCACUAGGCAGCGACUUUCACUCCUUGUUGGCGUUCCUCGUCUGGUCCCAGAUUUCAUCGCGUCUUGAUGCGCCCUCGUUUCGCGUCCGUGUGAUAGUUAUAGGGUCACGACCAUCGCCACCGCGGCCAUGGCGCCUCGCCUCGACCUCACGCAUUCCACCCACCACCACCACCACCACAAAAUCAUGGUCGCGCCGCCCAGGAUCAACCUCCGCCGGGCGGCGUCGUACAACAACAGCGGCCAGGACCGCGGCUCCUCCGCGCCCCUGUCCGCGACCUCGUCACGCUUCAACUUCAACCACCUUCUCUUCUCGCCCCCGCCGUCGCCCAGUCUGCCGGCCCUGGUCCCUCGCCCGAAGCGGUCACCGUCACAAAUCUUCAAGGCGCGGCCCCGGCGCCUCUUGCGCCACCUGCUCUACCUGGUCACCAUCGUCAGCGCGCUGUACGUCGUGGCCUUUGCCUGCUGGCAUCGGGAUGCCAUCCCGGCCGUGCUGCCGCACUUUGCAGGGGGGAGAGGAGGGGUGCAGUUCGAAAUGGUAGGGCAGGACGUGCUCCCAGACUUUCCCACGCCCAUAGUCGUCACCGAUAGCAAGAGGCGAUCGAAAUGGACCGUCGCCAUCCCCCACGGCUACGAGUUCCCGCUGUCCAUCAAGGAGUACGCCGGCAUGGGCGGCCGGUGCCGCGAGGUGUCGUCGCACGCUCGGGAGCUGUCCCACAAGGCGCCGCUCUCGGCCGACACGAUGCUGGCCUACGACAAGCCCGACGAUUACUUCAUCGACGUCGCCGAGGCGGAGAGGAGCGGCCUCCUCCCCGGCGCGUCCAAGGGGGCGGCGCGGCCCCAACGGUCCGGACACUUUGUGGGACUCGACUGGGAGGCCAUGGCCGGCAAGCCCGUGUGCGACAGGUCGCUCACCUACGUCAUGGAGAGCCGGGACGCCGGGCUGGGCAGGUCCAUGAUGGCGCUGUGGACGCUCUACGCGCUGGCCAAGGAGCAAGGGCGGGCCUUCUUCAUCGACGACUCGCGCUGGGCCUACGGUGCCUACACGGACCUCUUCCAGGCGCCGCCCCUGCCCGACUGCCGCCCGCCGCCGCGGCACCACAUGCUGCCCUGCCCGGUCCAGGCCCGGCACCUGGUCGUCUCGGGCGUCACCUCGCAGGACGCGUACCCGGCGCUCAUGGCCAGGCACCGGCGCAGCACGGGCGCGCACAGCACCCAGCACGACCUGCUGGAGCUGGCCCGGACCGGCUACAAGGCGCUCUUCACCCUCAACAAGGGGGACCAGGAGUACGUCGACAAGAGAAUCAGGGAGCUCGAGGCCAAGGCCAAGUCGGCCGACACCUCGUCCCAGGACGCCCCCAUCAUCGGCAUCCAUAUCCGGCGGGGCGACGCCCACCCGCUCGAGUACCAGUACCGGGACACGUACAUUCCCGCAGAGGUAUUCGUCGGGCACGCCCAUCGCCUGGCCGAGGCGCAUUAUAACAACAGCAGCCGUAGUAGCAGCGGCAGCAGCAGCAAGGGGGCCAAGGGCGAGGGCGAGGGCGUCCAGCAGCUGCUGCAACAGCAACAGCCCCAGCAGCACAGGGCCGUCAUGGUCAUUGCCUCGGACGACCCCAUGGUCAGCAAAGAGGCCGACUUCUCCGACGCGCACCUCGCGCAGAAGCGCAUCCGGCUCGCCACCAAGGAAGAGGCCAAGGGCCAGCACGACGGGGACCCGAACCCGCACGUGCUGCACCAGUUCAAGGAGGAGGCGCAGGGCUGGGAGGGCGGCUUCUUCGCGCCCAUGUUCUGGAACCUCGGGGCCGAACGCAAGAACAACGCGGCCGCGACGGCGGCGCCCGGCAGCGACGAUUACGAUGACGGUGACGGCGUCCGACGGCACGCGGAGCCCCCCUCGGAGCAGACGCUCAAGCUGCGCAGCUUCCUCGGCCGCGCCUACGCCAUGGACCUGGCGGUGCUCGCGGGCGCCAGCGACAAGGUCGUGUGCGCCGUCAGCGCCACGGGCUGCAAGCUGCUGGGCGUCAUGCUGGGGUGGGAGCGCGGCAUGGAGAGGGGCGCGUGGGUCAACAUUGACGGGGGAUACAGCUGGAGCGGACUGAGCUGGUAGU